ACAGGCAUGGCCAGCGUCCGCUGCAAGCUGACCCACUACCUGGAGGACCUGGAGGACAUGGACCUGAAGAAGUUCAAGAUGCACCUAGAAGACUAUCCCCCUCAGGAGGGCUGCAUUGCACUCCCCCGGGGCCAGACGGAGAAAGCAGACCCUGUGGACCUAGCCACCCUCAUGAUUGACUUCAACGGGGAGCAGAAGGCAUGGGGCAUGGCGGUCUGGAUUUUUGCUGCGAUCAACAGGAGAGACCUUUACGAGAAAGCCAAGAGGGAGGAGCCAGAGUGGGAUCCCACACCUGUGUCUGUGGUCUGCCGGGAAGACAGCCUCGAAGAGGAGUGGAUGGGCUUAUUGGGGUACCUUUCCAGAAUGUCUAUUUGUAGGAAAAAGAAAGAUUACUGUAAGAAAUACAGAAACCACGUGAGAAGCAGAUUCCAGUGUAUCAAAGACAGGAACGCCCGUCUGGGAGAGAGUGUGAACCUCCGCAAGCGCUACACCAGGCUGCGGCUCGUCAAGGAGUACCCGAGCCAGCAGGAGAGGGAGCAGGAGUUCAAGGCCAUCGGCCGGACCCUGGCCCAGACGCCGGACAGCCCCCAGAGUUCCAUGAACUUGGAGCUGCUGUUUGAGCCUGAGGACCCGUACUCGGAGCCCGUGCACACGGUGGUUUUCCAGGGCUCAGCGGGCAUCGGGAAGACAAUCCUGGCCAGGAAGAUCAUGCUAGACUGGGCGACGGAGACACUUUACCAGGACAGGUUUGACUACCUGUUCUACAUCCACUGCCGGGAGGUGAGACUGGGGACGCACAGGAGCCUGGGGGACCUGAUAGCCAGCUGCUGCCCUGACUCUGACCCUCCCCUAUGCAAGAUCAUGAGGAAGCCGGCCAAGAUCCUCUUCCUCAUGGACGGCUUUGACGAGCUGCAGGGGGCCUUUGACGAGCACGCGGAGGAGCUCUGCAUGGACUGGCAGGAGGUGCAGCGUGUGGACAUCGUCCUGAGCAGCCUCAUCAGGAAGAAGCUGCUCCCCGAGGCCUCACUGCUCAUCACCACGAGGCCUGUGGCCCUAGAGAAGCUGCACCACCUGCUGGACCGUCCGCGGCAUGUGGAGAUCCUUGGCUUCUCAGAGGCCAAGAAGAAGGAGUAUUUCUUUAAGUACUUUUCCGACGAGCAGCAGGCCCGGGAAGCCUUCAGGCUGAUCCAGGAGAACGAGGUCCUCUUCACCAUGUGCUUCAUCCCCCUGGUCUGCUGGAUCGUGUGCAUGGGGCUGAAACAGCAGAUGGACAGUGGCAAGAGCCUCGCCCAGACCUCCAAGACCACCACCGCGGUGUACAUCUUCUUCCUCUCCAGCCUGCUGCAGUCGCGAGCGGGGAGCCAGGGACAGCUCGCCUCCACCGGCCUUCGGGGCCUCUGCUCGCUGGCCGCCGAUGGGAUCUGGAAUCAGAAGAUCCUGUUUGAGGAGGGCGACCUCAGGAACCACGGCCUGCAGAAGGCCGACGUGUCCGCGUUCCUGAGGGUGAACCUCUUCCAGAAGGAGGUGGACUGCGAGAAGUUCUAUAGCUUCAUGCACAUGACCUUCCAGGAAUUCUUUGCUGCCAUGUACUACUUGCUGGAAGAGGAGGAGCACCAGGGGGCCAAGAACUUGCCGCAGAGUCCUUGUGAGCUCCCCAGCCGAGACGUCAGAGUCCUUCUGGAAAACUAUGGCAAGUUUGAAAAGGGGUAUCUGAUUUUUGUCGUCCGUUUCCUCUUUGGCCUCAUAAACCAGGAGAGAACCUCCUACUUGGAGAAGAAGCUGAGUUGUAAGAUCUCCCAGCACAUCAGGCUGGAGCUGCUGAGGUGGGUCGAGGCCCAAGCCCAGGCCCUGACCCUGCGGGCACAGCCCAGCCAGCUGGAGCUGUUCUACUGCUUGUACGAGAUGCAGGAAGCUGACUUCGUGCGCGGAGCCAUGAGCCACUUCCCCAGAAUAGAGGUCAGUCUCUCCACCAGAAUGGACCACGUGGUUUCUUCUUUCUGCAUCAAGAACUGUCCCAGUGUGCAAUCCCUCUCCCUGAGGUGGCUCCACAACUCGCCCAAAGAAGAGGAAGAGGAGGAGGAGGAGGAGGCCGCUCAACACUGUAACGCGGGCCGGUGCAUCGUCCGAGGCCCUCACGCAGCCUCCUCUCAUCGAGAGGUGAACUGCUGUCUUACAUCCAGCUUUUGCCCGGGCCUCUUCUCUGUUCUGAGCACGAAGCAGAACCUCACGGACUUGAACCUCAGUGACAAUCCUCUGGGGGACGCAGGGGUGCAGGUGUUGUGUGAAAUGCUCCAGAAUCCUGGCUGUAACAUUCAGAGACUAUGGUUGAGGCGGUGCUGCCUUUCCCAGCGCUGCUGCUCCUACCUCGCCGCCGCGCUGAGAGGCUCCGCGACACUGCUGGAGCUGGACCUGAGCCACAACGCGCUGGCGGACCGCGGGCUCCGGCUCCUGUGCGGGGGACUGCGGCGCGCCUGCUCCCCGCUGGAGAAGCUGUGGUUGAUCGACUGCUGUCUCACGAUGGCCUGCUGUGUGGACCUUGCGUCCGUCCUGACCACCAGCCAGUCCCUGACCAGGCUCUACAUGGGAGGAAAUGCCCUGGGAGACGCAGGAGUUAGGCUUCUAUGUGAGAAAGCAAAACAUCCGCAGUGUAAACUGCAGAAGCUGGGGCUGGUGAAGGCGGGCCUCACGUCGGGUUGCUGUCCAGCUCUGUCCUCGGUGCUCAGUGCUAACCAGAACCUCACACACCUUUACCUGCGGGGCAACACUCUUGGAGACGCGGGCGUGAAGCUGCUGUGUAAGGGGCUCUUACACCCCAACUGCAAGCUUCAGAUGUUAGAACUAGACAGCUGCAGCCUCUCCUCACACUGCUGCUGGGAUCUCUCCACACUCCUGACCUCCAACCAGAGCCUGCGACAGCUGAGCCUGGGCAGCAACGACCUGGGCGACCUCGGGGUCAUGCUGCUGUGCGAAGUGCUGAGGCAGCAGAGCUGCCUCCUGAAAAGCCUUCAGUUGUGUAAAAUGUAUUUUAAUUAUGAGACAAUCUGCGCAUUAGAAACGCUUCAAGAAGAAAAGCCCGAGUUGACCGUUGUCUUUGAGCCUCCUCAGUAG